CCUUUGAAUGCUCUUCUACGUUUUCGACCUUGAAGAUGGCUGCUGUCAGGAAAUUCGGCUCACGCGCUUUGUUGAACAGAACUCUGCAAAGCUAUGCUUUGCCAGCGGCAUAUUCACGAUGCAGCUCGGUAUGGGCAAAUGUUGCCAUGGGACCCCCAGAUGCCAUCUUAGGUGUAACAGAAGCUUUCAAAAAAGACUCCAACCCUAAAAAGAUCAAUCUUGGUGUUGGAGCCUACAGAGGAGAUGAUGGUAAACCCUUCAUUCUGGAGUGUGUCAAAAAGGCUGAGCGUCAGAUGCUGGAAGAAAACCUAGACCAUGAGUAUGCUCCGAUCACCGGCUUCCCAGCAUUCGGACAGGCAUCCGCAAGACUCGCCUUUGGGGAAGAUAGCCAGCUUGUCAAGGAUGGGCUGAAUGCAACGACCCAAGGUGUUUCAGGCACAGGCUCUCUCAGAAUCGGAGCAGCUUUCCUGGCACGACAUUAUCAAGCCAGUAAAGAAAUCUACUUUCCAGCCCCUACAUGGGGAAACCACGGACCCAUCUUCAAGGACUCUGGUUUGACAACAAAGUCCUACAGAUACUACGACCCGGCCACCUGUGGGUUUGACUUCAAGGGAGCCAUGGAAGAUAUCAGUAAAAUCCCGGAAGGUUCCAUCAUUUUGUUACAUGCCUGUGCACACAAUCCCACUGGUGUGGACCCCAAGCCGGAGCAGUGGAAAGAGAUGAGCAAGGUGAUAAAGGAUCGCCGUCUCUACCCGUACUUUGACAUGGCAUACCAGGGAUUCGCCAGCGGAGACAUCAACCAGGACGCCUUUGCCCUGCGUCAGUUUAUCAAGGAUGGUCAUAAACCUUGCCUAGCACAGUCGUUUGCCAAGAAUAUGGGAUUGUAUGGUGAGAGGGCUGGAGCAUUCACGAUCGUGUGUGCAGACAAGGAUGAACAGGCUCGAGUCUUGUCCCAGAUUAAGAUCCUGAUCCGCCCACUGUACUCCAACCCACCCAUUCAUGGUGCCCACAUCGUAUCCAAGGUCCUCAAUACUCCAGACCUUAGAAGCCUCUGGUUAACAGAGGUUAAGGCAAUGGCAGAUCGCAUCAUCACGAUGAGGGAUCGUCUACAGGAUGGUCUGAAACGGGAGGGCUCCAGCCGCAACUGGCAACACAUCACAGAGCAGAUCGGCAUGUUCUGCUUCACUGGCCUGAAACCUGAUCAGGUUGAGAGACUGACAAAGGAGUUUUCUGUGUAUCUGACAAAGGACGGCCGUAUUUCCGUUGCUGGACUCUCCUCCAGUAAUGUUGACUACCUGGCCAAGGCCAUGCAUGAGGUCACCAAGUAGACGCAAUGAAUUUCAUAAACACUAUCACCAUAGAUCCCUGUGCAUCAGUAUUGAAACGACUUUGUCACCAAGAAGAUGUGUUGGUUUUACGCAUACUUUUUCAAAAUGAAAUUGAUGGAUUAGAUUGUUUAAGACACAUUGUUAGCGCUGUUGAAAUAACUUUUGUCACCUAGGAAACACCAAAGUUUUACACAUACCUGACCACCAUAGAUUUGAUGCAUCAUCUGUGAAAACUACUUCUUUAAUAUUAUCUUAACAAACUUGAAUUGUCAAAGACAUGGGGUUAAAAGGUAGAAUUAGAAUUAGCAGAGUCCCACUCACUUGCCUGCACUUAUAUUUGAUGAAUUUAUGUGUACAUUUACAUUUUUUUUUUACUUCUAUAUACUGUAAUUACACACACACAAAUUGCUGAAGUGGUUUUUGUUAAUUUAUUGUAUAAUAUAUCCUUAUAACACGUACAUGCCCUAAUAGGUGCACGGGUUGAUUUUUUUUCAUGGGCACUGGUAUUUUUUUUUUACUUGGAUAUUAUAACAAUUCUUAAUCUGACUAUGAACUUCAAAAUGAUUUAAAAAAUCAGUGGUGAUACAUGUAAUUGAAGAAAAUGCAAUGGUCUAAUUUAUAAAUUUCUGAAAUUCUGAACAAAAAUGUCAAAAUCUCCUGGAAUGGUCUCUAGAAAUAUUAAUUGAAACAUUUAUGAUAUUAAGCUUUUAUUACACCGCACAUGCUGGUACAUAAAUAUAAUCCUAUACCUAAAUGGUUCAUGUGUACCAUCUCUUUUCAUAUGUAAUAUAACACACAGGUGUCUAAAUGUCAUAGCAUCUAUUAGGAUAUGUACGAUACUCUGAGUUGAAAAAGGAUCAGAAAUGGCAUCUUUCUUGAGUAACCUGUAAUAUUGAAAUGUGUUUCAUGCUUUUUUAAUCCAAUUAAAGCAGAUAUUUGUUACAAGGACGCUAGUAAUAUCUUAUGAUUUGAGUGUAAUACACUUUCAGUUUGUCAUUGUUGAUAUGUCAUAUGGUUUUCCUAGGGUAAACUGAUUUGCUUUGAAAUCUCAUUGUAAAUGGCUUGUUUUUUUAUGACAAAACCUACUUUUGAGAAGACUACGUAUUAUGAAGUAGGCCUUGUCGUUUUACUGACAUUAGAUUACGUCUUUCAGUGUGUAAUAUAGUGUGUAAUAUGAAAUGCGCUAUGCCUUACUUAAACCUUUAAUCAGAGUUAUGUCCCAUUAAUUUAAUAUCAACUGACUAUGUAGCUGUGUUACUUGUAUUAGCAUAUUAGCUUACAAAACAGUACAACUUUGCUCUAACUCUAAGAUAGUUACAACAUUGCAAUGUGGGCCGAUAUCAUAUAUGUACUUUGUAAAAGGUUUUGACUGCCUUUGAGAGGCAAGCUCUACUUCGAUCAGUUUGUUGUUUCUUGUUGAUUUUUACCACUGAGUUAAACUCUUAUUUUUAUUUGAACCUUGUUCUUAUUGUAUGAGGUGAGUGUAAUCUUCUGUUAAGAAUUCUCAAACUAUUUUAAGUUUUAAGUAGCAUUUAAGUGCUUGUGGCUUGAACAUAAGAAUAUUAUAAAUCUAUGUGGUGCUUUUCAUAGCCAUAAUUGUUAAUGUUGAUUUGUGAAUAUUUCAGCUAAAAAAUUUCGUAAUUGAAAUUUAAUCUACACAAAUAAAUUAUUGAUUAAAUAAUGAAAACACAAAUACAUUAGUUUUUAGUUGCAUUGAAGUGCUUGUGGCUUAAACAUAAUAUUUUCAAUUUGUUUGGUGCUUUUUAUCCACAUAAUUGUUGCUGUUGAUGUGAAUAUUUCAGCUGAUUUUUUAAUUGAAAUCAGUCUACACAAACAUAUAAUGAAUUAUUGUUUAAUUAAUAAAACACACAAAAACAUUA